GCUUCCUGACUUCAUCUUGGGAACAGGCCGUGCUGUGCGCCAGCCCGGGGAGCCCACCGUCCGGGGAGGCGGAGGAUUAAAAGGUCCCAACCUCCUCCCCAGGGGAUCAAAGAGUGACUCGGCCGGUCCGGGCAUGGCGGACCCGGUGGCGGGCAUCGCGGGCUCGGCGGCCAAGAGCGUGCGGCCAUUUCGCUCCAGUGAGGCCUACGUGGAGGCCAUGAAGGAGGACCUGGCCGAGUGGCUCAAUGCCUUGUACGGCCUGGGUCUCCCGGGUGGUGGUGAUGGCUUCCUGACGGGGCUGGCCACGGGCACGACCCUGUGCCAACAUGCCAACGCCGUGACCGAGGCUGCCCGUGCAUUGGCAGCUGCCCGACCGGCCCGAGGUGUGGCCUUCCAGGCACACAGUGUAGUGCCUGGCUCCUUCAUGGCCCGCGACAACGUGGCCACCUUCAUCGGCUGGUGCCGCACGGAGCUGGGUGUGCCGGAGGUGCUCAUGUUUGAGACUGAGGACCUGGUGCUUCGCAAGAACGAGAAGAGCGUGGUGCUGUGCCUGCUGGAGGUGGCACGGCGUGGGGCCCGCCUGGGCCUGCUCGCCCCACGCCUCGUGCAGUUCGAGCAGGAGAUUGAGCGGGAGCUGCGUGCUGCACCCCCAGCCCCCAACACCCCUGCUGCUGGGGAGGACACCAUUGAAACCACCCCUGCACCAGGGACUCCUGCCCGUGGCCCCCGCAUGACACCCAGCGACCUGCGCAACCUCGACGAGCUGGUGAGGGAGAUCCUGGGCCGCUGCACCUGCCCCGACCAGUUCCCCAUGAUCAAGGUCUCGGAGGGGAAGUACCGUGUGGGGGACUCAAGCCUGCUCAUCUUUGUGCGGGUGCUGAGGAGCCACGUGAUGGUGCGAGUGGGUGGUGGCUGGGACACGCUGGAGCAUUACCUGGACAAGCACGACCCGUGCCGCUGCUCCUCCACCGCUCAUCGCCCACCCCAGCCGAGGGUCCGUACCUUUUCUCCGCAGAGGGUGUCGCCCACUCCCAGUCCCCGCCCUGCUAGCCCACUUCCCGGGAGUGAGCGCGGGGGCUCCCGACCUGAGAUGACUCCCCUUAGCUUACGAAGCACAAAGGAGGGGCCUGAGACCCCGCCCAGGCCCCGGGAUCAGCUGCCCCCCCAUCCCCGCUCCCGCCGCUACUCCGGGGACAGUGACUCCUCAGCCUCCUCCGCCCAGAGCGGCCCCCUUGGUACCCGCAGUGAUGACACAGGCACUGGCCCCCGGAGGGAGCGACCCAGCCGGCGGCUGACCACAGGCACCCCGGCCUCUCCGAGACGGCCUCCUGCCCUGCGCAGCCAGUCCCGAGACCGGCUGGAUCGGGGCCGGCCCCGGGGGGCCCCAGGAGGCAGGGGAGCCCAGUUGUCAGCCCCCAGCCCUGCCCGGCGGGCCCGGAGCCAGAGCCGCGAGGAGCAGACUGUGCUGCUUGUGCGCAGGGAUCGAGACGGGCAGCACUCAUGGGUGCCAAGGGGCAGGGGCACUGGGGGCUCGGGCAGGAGCACCCCCCAGACUCCCCGUGCCCGCAGCCCUGCAGCACCCCGGCUUUCACGGGUCUCCAGCCCCAGUCCAGAGUUGGGCACCACACCGGCCAGCAUCUUCCGCACACCCCUGCAGCUCGACCCGCAGCAGGAGCAGCAGCUGUUUCGGCGCCUGGAAGAGGAGUUCCUGGCCAAUGCCCGGGCUCUUGAGGCUGUUGCUAGCGUGACCCCCACUGGACCAGCCCCUGACCCAGCUCGGGCCCCUGACCCUCCAGCUCCUGACUCUGCCUACUGUUCCUCCAGUUCCUCCUCUUCGUCCCUCAGCGUCCUGGGUGGCAAAUGUGGCCAACCUGGGGACUCUGGCCGGACGGCCAAUGGCCUGUCUGGGCCGCGAAGCCAAGCCCUUUCCAGCUCUUCCGAUGAAGGCAGCCCCUGCCCUGGCAUGGGGGGGCCACUAGAUGCACCUGGGAGCUCCCUGGCUGGCCCCGAACCCUUGAGGACCUGGGCACGGGGUCGGAUGGACACACAGCCAGACCGUAAACCCUCACGCAUCCCCACGCCUCGGGGCCCCCGCCGCCCCUCCGGACCUGCAGAGCUUGGGACCUGGCAUGCCCUGCACUCAGUCACCCCAAGGGCUGAGCCAGAUUCUUGGAUGUGAUGGACCAGCUCACUGUCCCCAGACCCCAUCCCUUCUCCUUUUCCUUUGUGGCCUUAACCCCUCUGCAUCAGGGAGCCCCCUCUGCCUCUUGAGUACCAGACCUCAUGGGACCAGACCCCUUGGGACCACAUGGCACAAUGGGACCUCUGUUGUACAUUCCGAUUAGGGGAUGAGCGUUGCUAUUUAAUUACUAAUAUUAUUGAAUGCCUUAGAGGAGGCCGGGCCAGCCCGGUGUCCUGAAGACCUGUGGCCCAGCAGAGCCUCUGACAGUAAAGUUUUGCUCCAGCCA